CCGACUUUCAACUUCCCUUUGAGGCACUCUGUCCCUUCAGUAACCACAGUUCUUAGCAGGGGAGAACUGGAUGGUGCUGUACUUCUCUGCGUCCCAGAAAGAUCCAAACCAUGAGACUAUCAGCAAGAAUUAUUUGGUUUGUAUUAUGGACUGUUUGUGUAGCAGAAGAUUGUCAAGGUCCUCCCCCAAAAGAAUAUACAGAAAUUCUGACAGGUUCUUGGCCUGACAAACCAUAUCCAGAAGGUAGUCAGGCCAUCUACAAAUGCCGCCCUGGAUACCGAACACUUGGGACCAUUGUUAGAGUAUGCAAGAAUGGAGAAUGGGUGGCUUCUAACCCAUCCAGGAUAUGUCGGAAAAAGCCAUGUGGGCAUCCUGGAGAUACACCCUUUGGGUCCUUUAGGCUGGCAGUUGGAACUGAGUUUGAGUUUGGUGCAAAGGUUGUUUAUAACUGUAAUGACGGGUAUCAACUCUUAGGUGAGAUUGAUUAUCGUGAAUGUGGUGCAGAUGGGUGGACCAAUGAUGUUCCACUAUGUGAAGUUGUUAAGUGUUUACCGGUGACAGAACCUGAGAAUGGAAGAAUUGUAAGUGGUGCUGCAGAACCAGACCAGGAAUAUUAUUUUGGACAGGUGGUGCGCUUUGAAUGCAAUGCAGGCUUCAAGUUUGAAGGACAGAAGGAAAUGCACUGCUCAGAAAAUGGCCUUUGGAGCAGUGAGAAGCCAAGAUGUGUGGAAAUUUCCUGCACACCACCAGAAAUUAAAAAUGGAGAUGGCAUAUCGAAGAAACCAGUUUACAAGGUGAAUGAAAGGUAUCAAUAUAAAUGUGACCGAGGUUUUCAAUUCAAAGAAAGAGGGGAUACCAUCUGCACAGCUUCCGGAUGGAAUCCUGAGCCUUCCUGUGAAGAAGUGACAUGCAAACCUCCUUAUCUUCCAAAUGGUAGCUUCUCACCUCAGAGGAUCAAACACAGAACUGAUGAUGAAAUCACAUAUGGAUGUAAAAAGGGCUUCUAUCCUACAACCCGGGAAACGGUUGUAAAGUGUACAAGCACUGGCUGGAUUCCUGCUCCAAGAUGUGGCUUGAAACCUUGUGAUUUUCCACAAAUCAAAAAUGGAGGUCUAUAUGAUGAAAGGAAGCACAAACCCUACUUCCCAGCACCUGUAGGAAAGAAGUAUGAAUAUUACUGCCACAGAGGUUUUGUGGCUCCUUCAGGGCAGUACUGGGACUACAUUCACUGCACUGAACGAGGGUGGGAGCCUGCAGUUCUGUGCCUCAAGCAAUGUGAUUUCCAGUAUGUGGACAAUGGGAAUUAUUUACAAUGGAAAGGAAACUAUAUACAGGACCAGUCUGUGAAAGUCAAGUGUUACCCUGGCUACAGUCUUCCAAAUGGUCAAGACACAGUUACAUGUACAGAGAAUGGCUGGUCUCCUCAACCCAAAUGCAUCCGUGUCAAGACAUGUUCAAAGGAUGAUAUCGAGAUUGAAAAUGGGUUUCUUUCUGAAUAUGAUCAUACAUAUGUUCUAAAUAGAAAAACACAAUAUAGGUGCAAACAGGGAUAUGUAACAGCAAAUGGAGAAACAUUGGGAACAAUUAUCUGCCUCCAAAAUGGAUGGUCAGCUCAACCCUCAUGUAUCAAGUCUUGUGAUAGGCCUAUAUUUGAGAAUUCUGGAACUAAAAAUAAUAGCACACGGUUUAAACUCAAUGAUAAAUUAGACUACGAAUGCCAUAUUGGGUAUGAAAACAAAUAUAAAAAUACCAAGGGCUCCAUAACGUGUAAUUACGAUGGAUGGUCUGACACACCUUCAUGCUAUGAAAGAGAAUGCAGCAUCCCCUUACUACAAACACACUUAACCGUCAAUCCCAGAAACGACAAAUAUAAAGUUGGAGAUUUGUUGAAAUUUUCUUGCCAACAAGGACACAGAGUAGGACCAGAUUCAGUGCAGUGCUACCACUUUGGAUGGUCUCCUAGUUUUCCAACCUGUAAAGGUCAAGUAGAAUCAUGUGAUCAACCUCCUAAACUUCUCAAUGGAGAAGUUAAGGGAACAAAGAAAGAAGAAUACAGCCAUGGUGAAGUGGUGGAAUAUGAUUGCAAGCCUAGAUUUCUCCUGAAGGGACCCAAUAAGAUCCAGUGUGUUGAUGGGAAGUGGACAACCUUGCCGAUGUGUGUCGAGGAGGAGAGAACAUGUGGAGACAUUCCUAAACUUGAGCAUGGCUCUGUCCACCUUUUUGUCCCUCCCUACCAUCAUGGAGAGUCAGUGGAGUUCAGCUGCACAGAAAACUCCACAAUGAUUGGACACGGGUCAGUUUCAUGCAUUAGUGGAAGGUGGACCCAGCCUCCUCAGUGUGUUGCAACAGAUCAAUUGGAGAAGUGUAAAGCACCAAAGUUAUUUGGUGUGGACAGAAUUCAACCCAAUAAGAAAGAAUUUAAUCAUAAUGUUAGCAUGCAUUACAAAUGUAGAGGAAAGAAGGUGUAUAAACACUCAACCUGCAUCAAUGGAAGGUGGGAUCCUGAGCCAACCUGUAGAGAGGAAGAAUCCUGCCCUCCUCCACCACAGAUUCCAAAUGCCCAAGUAAUGGAAACCACAGUGAAAUACCAGGAUGGAGAAAAAGUAUCUGUUCUUUGUCAAAACAAUUACAUAAUACAGGACACAGAAGCAAUGCUGUGCAGAGAUGGAAGGUGGCAGUCAUUACCACGCUGCAUUGAUUCAACAGGGAAAUGUGGGCCUCCUCCACCUAUUGACAACGGAGACAUCACCUCCUUCCCUUUGUCAGUAUAUGCACCCUUAUCUUCAGUUGAAUAUCAGUGCCAGUACUUGUACCAACUGCAGGGCAACAAGAAGAUAACAUGUAGAAAUGGAGAGUGGUCAGAGCCACCAAAAUGUUUACAUCCAUGUGUAAUAUUAGAUGAAAUCAUGAAAAGACAUAACAUAACUCUCAGAUGGAGAGAAGACCAAAAUGUAUAUUCUCAAUCAGGGGACAAUGUUGAAUUUAAGUGUAAAUCUGGAUAUAAACUGACAGAAACAUCACCUCCAUUACGUACAAAGUGCAUUGAUGGUCACAUCAAUUAUCCCAGUUGCUCAAAAACACGUCCUUGGUACAAAGGAUAAAUGAACCUUUGUUUAGAAAUGUGCAUGAAUAUUAAUAUUAUAGCUUCAAAAUUUUAUGUUUGAAGUAUUGUUUAACUCAUUUCUUCUCAUAACUAUAAACGAGUGUUGAUGUACAGUGAUUAAUUUGGAGCCUGAGAGACUAUUGCCUCAAAUGCAAAGUAGUGCACUCAGAACUCCUAAAGCAGAAUGGGCUGUGUGCUAGCACAGUAACCAAUGGUAAUAA